AUGACAACGUUCCCAGUUGAAGAUGCUCUCGAAAAGCUUCUGCUUGAACCCGAUGCUCCCUCGGUUGAUGAAGUUCAAGUGCCUCCACCACAGCCAACACCUCCUCAGAUUUCGAUUCAGGACCGUCUAGAGAGAGCAAGUAAGGCUGCUGCUUUGAAUUUGAGCGAGCUUCGCUCCCCUGAAUGGGUAUCGGCUUUGGACAACUGGCGUAACCUCCAGAGAACGCCGCCAUGGGAACAUUUACAUUACUCGGUUAAUGUUGGUGACCACGUUGCCCUUGAUCGAAGCGAAGCCAAAGUAUUUUUGAAUCGGCCAGUCAAUUACUUGAAAAAGUUUGAUUUGAGUCGAGGGUGGCGAAGGUACGAGUUUGUUCCUAAAACGGCCCGACCUCCGGGAGGAUCAAAACUCGAAGCUAUACGGUUAUGGGAAGUGGAGAACAACCGCAAACUUGAUGCUGACGUUAUCUUUUCCCGCCAUACCAUGGUUCAGCUCAUGUGCCAUGGUUUUGGUCUUCAAGGGAUCGAUAGUGGCUCAAAAGUAAUCUUGACGAGAUUCAAAGGUCGAUUACACGUUGAGUUAUACAAGAAGACAUGCAUAAGUCGGUCUCCAGGGACUAUGGCAGGGUACAACUUCGAACAGAUAAUGACAGAGCGGCAAUUUGUGCCGCCAACCACCAAUGCCACAAAGUACAACUCAAUGGUGAUGCACCAGAUAACGAUUGAUGGUAAAACAGUCAGAGUUCUCAGCAGUUCCGAGGCUGACGCGUGCAAGCUGUUAGAGUUCAAUAAGUUUGAUGCCUAUUCGGUGCUCAACAACUAUCUCGAAUUGAAGCUGUGGGUAUCAUUGGAUCGCAAACGAAUCACCAAAGCGAGAAUUCAGUGCUAUCUUGGUGGUGUGAGUACAUUAGUGGUGGGCCAUCGUGACCCACAGUCUCAUCAUUUGCUAGAUGUGGUGACGGUUGAUGCCCUCGAAAAGGCCCCUCAACGACGAGGUAAGUUAACCCGGGCAUGCCUGCGGAAGUACAUGAACCGUCUCCUAGCAUAUUUGAUUCAGUGGCUUCGCUUACUGACAGAAAUUCUUGCCUGUGGUAAUGACGAUGUCCCCGAACACUUUGUCCUAGUGAAAGACGGAGAGAAUCUCACGAUCAAACCCACCACUGUCGAAGAGCAUCCGGAGGUGGCAUUGAUGUUAUCUCAAGAGUACGUGCAAUGGGCCAAUACUCUUGAGGAGGGGUCAGAGUCUUCAGUCAACAACACAAACAAUGGUUCCGAAAGCUCCAUUCCUGAUCGUAAUGCCCCUCCCGCUCGUCACAAAAAGUCUGGUUCCCGUAGAAAGCAUUCCCAUCGACCUAGACAACCACGUGAAGAAUCGCAAGCUGGUAGUGACCUUUCCAAGUAG